CUGCACUCAUAAAAGCUUGCGCGUACGGGCGAAGCUCAAUCUGAACGGAGCUUUCGUAGAACCUGAACCGGGCCACUUGGACCAGUCACCAUGCGCGCUCUCCUGUCCGCCAUUUUGUUGCUGUCCGCCAUCUUGUCGUGCGCGACGCAAGCGCAGUACCCUCGCCCCCGCCGCCCGGAGAGGUUCGACACAGCCGAGCAGAUCUCUAACUACCUGAAAGAGUUGCAGGAGUAUUACUCUGUUCAUGGCAGAGGGAGGUACGGCAAACGACAAAUGCACAUAUCCGAUGCGUCCGUGAUCUUCAGAGAAACUCCAUUCAUAGACCAUCCGAUGAACGAAGACGUACUGUUUAAGGCGCUUGGAUAUAAGUAAAAAUGUGUUAUAAUCUGUGGCCGUGAACAAUGACGAAAUUCUUUUUAAUUUUCGCGGGAAACUCUCUGGUCUAUGUUUUUUCUAAAGCUUAGAAAUUACAGCCCAUAAUGCCAAAGAGUCUAGUCAAUUCAUCUAUCCGUCUUUUUUUAUUUAUACUCUAUUUAUCAUAGAUUUAUGAGGAAUUGUUAAAAACCUGCUUCUAGGCUGGGUAGAAGCGAUUUUGGCGGUUCUAAAUCCUAACCUUACUUAAGAUAGAGUAUUGAUAAAUUAAUAGUUUAAUAUUAUUAUUUAGAAAUACAACACUGUUUCAAGAU